GGUUGUGUCGGCAGUUUUAGCCACUGCACUAAAUCGUGCACUAGCAAACUAGCUUACUGUUUAGAAAGAGGAAUAGGCAGGGCUAAGUUAAAACUUCCCGGCUGCGCCACAUCGUCACUCACUGACAACAAGGCUAUAGUUAGUUUGUUAGUUAGUUAGUUAGUUAGUUAAAGGGUGUGUUUGGGUAGAAAACGGAUACGAAUUGAUUAGUUUACCUCGACUGUGUAAUCAACCGCUGUCAAAAUUUUGUGAUUUUAAAGAGUGUUAGCGUCAGAAAAUUGUGAUCCCGAUGGAAGGAGAACUACACUCACAUUAGCUGUGACUAAAGAGUAUUUCCUCAUUCUUCUGUACAAAACAGACUCCGUUUAUUUGAUAUUAACGCUGUUGUUCCUCGAUGUUACUGAAGAUGUUUAUUUAUGACUCCAAAGGAUUUAUAAGAGAGACACAUGGAAGUCAAAGAAUCCAGAAUUGACAACUGUGAGAGAAUUGCACAACAGCAAAGAUCGAAGGGGUUGAUUUUUGCUGAAAGUCAUCAAGAGGCACCGUCCUCCAUGUGGCAAACCUCUGUGGGAGACUAAAGAAGGUGGCUGGAGGAAAUUCAUUAUUUGAUUGUUAAACUGCUUUUAAAUAAGAACAUCCACGUCAGCCAUGGCACGGGAGGAAGAGGAAGAGGAGCUGACAGUCAGUGCACCUAAGCAGGCGGACGUGUUUACAUCAGUGCGUUGUCUGGGUUACCUGUCCAGCUUCAAUCUCCUUGUGGCAGUCUGUGUUGGCAUGUACGUACGCUGGGAGGUGACAAAUGAACCCAUGAUUCUGGUUAUCUUCAUCCUGGGCCUCUUUGUCCUGGGAAUUGCCAGUAUCCUCCAUUACUACUUUGCUAUGGAAAACGCCAGCCUGAGCUUGUUCCAUUUGUGGUUCGGCUUUCUCCUUGGACUUUUGUGCUUCCUCAACAGCCCCGCCUUGGAUUCAAAUGUCAAAGAACUGGUCGCAAACUAUCUCCUCCUAGCCAGUGUAGUUAUGAAAGCAGUAUGGGCCCUAACUGAGCGAAUAUGCAGCUCCAUCUGCUACAAAUCCACCUUGCUAACAUCAGUAGAGUUACUGGAGCUUCUAGGAUUUGGUAUUGCAAGCACUACCAUGCUUCUUCACAAGUCAGUGGCCAUAAUAGGCUUGGUAGUGGCCCUCGGUGCUCUCAUUGUGGACUUGAGGAUGAAAUCCCUCCUAGCUUUGGCCAAUUUGAUCAGUUUUGCCUUGGUUACUUCUCUUGUGUUUUUCCAGGCCUUAGGCAUUAAUGCCAACCCUUAUGCCUUAGGCUGCUACCUGGGCAGGCUGCUCUGUGAGCCUGUGUUGGAUGUGUACUUCAGUGGGUUAGGCCCCACGGAGCGCUGGAUGCCAGUGCUCUCCAUGGGGAAGGUGUGGAGGAAGCUGUCCUUGUUUCCUUUGAGUCUGACUGAGAUAGCCUUCUUUGUCCUUGCUGCUUUAAAGCUUGGUUACUUGGACCUGUGGUAUCUGGUCAUCCCAGGUUUCUGUCUGUUUGGUCUUUUCUGGUCCAUCUGCCACAUCAUUUUGCUUAUCACGAUCUGGGGCUUUCACACUAAGCUGAGUGACUGUCAGAAGGCUUGGCGCGCCCAGCGGUCGAGUAGCCGGAGUCUGGACCAGGUCAUGGCCUCCCGAGGCAUCCGACAUUUCUGCCUCAUCUCAGAGCGACUGGUGUUCUUUAGUUUGUUGUCAACAGUGAUACUCGGGGCUGUGUCCUGGCAGCCCUCCAACGGUCUGUUUCUCAGUGCUUUGCUGGUGGUGCUGCCUCUCGAGUCUCUGGCCCAUGGUUUGUUCCACGAGCUGGGCGGCUGCCUGGGAGGAACUUGUGUUGGCUACGCCCUGGUUGUACCUACCACUUACCGCAGCGCUGGUGGCCAGCCCACUCUCUUACCACCUGAGCAGGUGGAGCAGUUGAAUCUGCGCUCCACAGGCAUGCUGAACAACAUUCAGCGCCUCUUCUCCCACCACAUGAUCCAGACAUUCGGCUGUGACUACUCUACUAGCGGUGUCACCCUGGAGGCUGUACUUACAAAGCUGCGCAACUUUCUGGAGCUUCGUACAGCAGACGGACCACGACAUGACACCUAUUUGAUAUUCUACAGUGGGCACACGCACAAAGGCUCCGGCUCCUGGGCUCUGUCAGGAGGUGAGAGUUUCCAUCUGGCCCAUUUGCUGGAGCUGUGGAAGGAGAAGAACGCCGGCCACUGUUCCCGUCUAAUCGUGGUCCUGGACACCGAAUACUCCCUCCCUUGGGUCAAGGAAGUGCGCAGGGUAGAGGGCAUCUAUAUAGCUGUGCAGGGGUCUGAGCUGUCAGUCACCAUGGUGGACCCUGAGGCUGGAGAUAUCCCCUUGCUCGGGGAAUUCACUUCUGAGUGGGUGGAGUUCAACUGCAACCCAGCCAGCGACACCCAGUGGUCUGAAAAAGGGCGGACUGUGAGAGCUGUCUACGGUGUGUCCAAACGCUGGAGUGACUACACACUCCAUCUUCCCACUGGAAGUGAUGUAGCCAAGCACUGGAAGACCCACUUUCCUAAGGCUACAUACCCCAUGGUGCACCUGUCCAACUGGUGCUGUGGCCUCAACCUGUUUUGGUUAUGUAGCACGUGUCUGCGCUGCUUCAGGAGGUGUAAGCUAGCCUGGUUCCCACCGGCUGUUUUGGACACUGGGCAAGGCAUUAAACUGGUGCACUCAUAGAUACAAGGGGAAGUUGUCAGAUAGCUGAAUCAGUAAAUUCAUAAAAGGUCCAACUCCGAGAAACUUUUUUGCCUUGUUACAGGGCAGCAUUUUUAUUGUUUUUGCCCACUCUUGCUUUACAAAUCCCAAAGUAUGAUGCAAAUUUAGUUUUUAGUUUUGGACUUGAAAUUUGGAAAUGUGGAUUUGGGCCUUUCAUGAAUUUACCAAUUCAAUUUUGAAUCAGGAUGUAGCAGCUGGGUAUAAGAUGUUUGUAUAAAAAUAAUAAUAAUGACUUGCGCUAUAUACCAGUUACAAUACCUGUACAAUCAUAUUUCUUUUUAGUCUAAAAUACUAUAAAUGAUAUAACGGUUGGCCUUCAGUCAGCACCAGAUUCCUUACAUUUAUUUUUGGAAGAUGUUUAUUUGCAGUGAUUCAAGACAUUGUGCCAAGUACAUCACAAAGAGUCAAUACUGGAUUUCUGAGCCCAAACGAAUAUUAAAUUUAAUAAUUCCAGCAAAUUAAAUUGAAAUAAAGAGUACUGAGGUAUGAUUGUGGUUUAAUUAAUUAGGAUGAGGUCUAAGAACAGAAAACUCUCAUCUUACUUGGCCCUUUUCUUACUUUAUGCUUACUUUAAUUGCUUCGUAUUUUAUUGUCUCUGUUAUUAAUUGCAUACCAAAAACUUUCAAAUAUGGUUGUUGUCUCUUUGGAAGGGUUUUCACAUUUUUCUUUUGUUACGGUGUGCCAUUUUAUGUAUGAUAAAGUGCCUUAAAGAUAAAUUUCGAAUCAUUUAUAAUAUUGAGGCUUAUUUUUUUUUAUGUUAUCUACACUAAAAAGGCUGUAGACUGCUUAUAAAAGAUGGACAUAGACACACAGUGUCUGACAUCCGGAUGUGAAGCCUACACUUCUGGUGAGUUUCUGGUGAUUUAGACCAUAAAAAAUGGGAGUUCAGCAAGAAAGUGUUUACUGAGGUCAUGGAACAAGGAAGGGCUAUUUUCUCAUAGAUUUUUAUGAGAUAUCAUUAAAAAAAGAAAAGAAA